GGGCGUGUUCGGCGCGCACGCGCGCGGAUUUGAAAGGCGCGCGCGAUUUGGAAGGGUCGCGAUUGAUCCGGGAUCGGGAUCGCGAAAACGGGACCCAAAACCCCCCGGAUAACCCCGGACUGAGACCCCCGGGCACAGGAUCGGGAUCCCAGCCAUGGACACCUUCCAGUCUCCAGCCAGCUCAUCCCGCAGGGAGAGACUAGAUGCAGGGCCCGUAUCCGUCACCAUCCCGACCUCUCCCUUCAUGCAGAAGUUGGGAUACGGCACCGGAGUCAACGUGUACCUGAUGAAAAGGUCUCCCAGGGGUUUGUCCCGCUCCCCCUGGGCCAUAAAGAAGAUCAAUUCCAAGUGCAACCGGAGCCAGCAGAGCCUCUACGGGGAGAGGCUGAGGGAAGAGGCCAAAAUCCUGCGGGACCUCCAGCAUCCCAACAUCGUGGGGUACCGGGCUCUCACGGAGGCUCCGGACGGCAGCCUGUGCCUGGCCAUGGAAUUCGGGGGGGAAAAGUCCCUGAACGACCUGAUCGAGGAGAGGAGGGAGCAGGGCCUGGGCCCCUUCCCGGCCAGAACCAUCUUCCAGGUGGCCCUGAGCAUGGCCAGGGGGCUGAAGUACCUGCACAAUGAGAAGAAGCUGCUGCACGGGGACAUCAAGUCCCCCAACGUGGUGGUCCGGGGGGACUUCGAGGCCGUCAAGAUCUGCGACGUGGGGGUGUCCCUGCCCCUGGAUGAGAACAUGACCGUGAGCGACCCCCGGCUGAGCUACGUGGGCACGGAGCCCUGGAAGCCCCGGGAGGCGCUGGAGGAGGGCGGGACCAUCACGGACAGAUCCGACAUCUUCGCCUUCGGGCUCACCCUGUGGGAGAUGCUGACCCUGAGCGUCCCACACCUGCAGCUGGAAACGGGGGACGAAGAGGAUUCCCUGGACGAGGAUCUGUUUGACGAGGACGCCUUUUACGCGGCGCUGGGGACGCGCCCGGCCCUGAACCUGGAGGAGCUGCAGGACCCCUCCUACCAGCCCAUCAUCGACCUGUUCUCCGUCUGCACCUCCCAGGAUCCCGGGAAAAGGCCCUCGGCCGCCCGGAUCCUCGAGGUGCUCGAGGGGAUCCAGCCCCAGCCCUGAGCCCGGCCCCAGGGAUCCCGGGAUUGCCGCUGGGAAAACCUCCUGACGUCCUCCCCUCCCUUAGGAACGAGCUCCCUGUCCUGGG